GGGCACCAGACCCCAUUACAGAUGGUUGUGAGCCACCAUGUGGUUGCUGGGAAUUGAACUCAGGACCUUUGGAAGAGCAGGCAAUGCUCUUAACCACUGAGCCAUCUCUCCAGCCCUGUUCCUCCUUAAACAACCAUUGAGCUAGUCCCAACUCCAUUAAAUAUUAUGGUUAUAUUGGGUUGACCAGUGUAAUCAUAAAAAAUAUUGAGGCAGGAUCUAAAUUCCCCAGGCUGGCCUCUCAGCUGUCUUACAGCAGAGACCUCAUCUCUCAAGGCAAUCCAGCUGGUAAGCCGAGUUGACAAACUCCCCACGCAACUGCUCGGGCGUUUCAGAUGUUGUACUCCAGCAGCUGGCAGCCAAAGAGGGGGUUCCCAGGAAUCAGAAGAAACUAGAAUAAACACAUCCAGUUCAGGACUGAAUGAUUAUAUCAUGGUAUGUGGAAACAAAACUAACUCCACAUACAAUUCAAUUUAAAAGCCGUAACUGCUGUGUGUGGUAGCCCAUGCCCUUAAUCUCAGCAGACAGGAGGAAGAAGCUGGAGGAUAUCUGAGUGAUCUCCAGGCCAGCCGGGGAUAGUUGUUGUUUGGUUUGGUUUUGAGACCCUGUUCCCCCCAAACAAACAAAUAAAGCCAUUAACUUAUUUUUAAAAAGCUUUUGUUCCCAAAAUUUAAUAUAGGUCAAUUUGUCUAGCUGCAGGCUCCAAAUUAAAGGUUGAGUGUGUCCCAUAAUCUCAGAUAGAAACCUCCAUCCUCAUUUGGAGUACUGUUAUCUAAGACUGUUAGUGAGGGGGUAAUCACAUGGUUACCUCCUCUAAACGCUUGCCCACCCCAUGGGCCUAUUGCCCCCACAAUAUCCCAGGAGCUUAAAGGGGUGUAACAGAGGCCAUACUGGGUCUUCCUCGCCCAACACUGUCUCCCACCGGGAUCGUCUGGAACAGCCACCUAGGCCUUCUCCGCCCUAGAACGACGCUUACAGUGUUGCUUUGGGAACAGCAAAAGCUGUGCACUGGCUGUUACCUAGGCGACACACGGAGCUACGAUACCUUCUGGAGCUGAGCGCCAGUUCUAAUUGGUCGGGAUACCUCACCAGCCAAUAGAAACCAGGUCAGCUGUGCACAUGCGCAAGGAGGCUAUCCCGCAGUCCCGCCCGCAGAGGGUCCCUCUUUUGUCAGCUCCCAAAGACCCUUCAAAACAAGAAUGUCAUCUUCUCUGAGUCCCUCACACGUAUCCCUCAGGGACUCCAACACCACCAUCGAGGAGCCUGAGGCUGCACGACUCCGAUUCCGGGGUUUCUGCUAUGAGGAGGUAGAGGGGCCCCGAGAGGCGCUGUCCCAGCUUCGAGAGUUCUGUCACCAAUGGCUGCACCCUGAGUCGUGCUCUAAAGAGCAGAUGAUAGAGCUGCUGGUUUUGGAGCAGUUCCUUGGUGUGUUGCCCUCUGAGAUCCAGGCCUGGGUGCGAGGGCAGCAACCAAGAAGCCCUGAGGAGGCUGCAGCCCUGGUUGAGGGGCUGCAACAUGAUCCUGGGCAGCUGCUGAGCUGGAUCACAGCCCACAUCCUGAAGCCAAAGGUGCUUCUUACAGUCCACAAGACAAAGGAGUCUUCAGAGAGCCACCACCUCUCAGUAGCAACAGAGUCCUCUGAGGCAGGCCCUGCAGAGGCGCCACAGGAUGCGGGGUUAGACAGAGCUGCCCAGAUCAGUUGUGGUGUGAAGGAGGAAGCCAAUGCUGAUGCACAGGAGAUGGUAUCCUCAAGCCCUCUCCUUCCGGCCCAGACGCCUGAGGGACAUCUUGGACACCAGGAACCAGCCUCCACAGCCUUCCAUCCAGGAAGGAUCCAGAAGGAGUGGGGCCUGUUGGACUCAUCACAAAAAGAGCUGUACUGGGGCGUGAUGCUGGAGAAGUACGGCACAGUGGUGUCCCAGGCAAGCCUGCCGCUGUUAGAGCCAGAUGUGCAAGUUGAGUCUGAGCUGAGGCCAGCUCAUGCAGCAGGACCGAAGUCCCUCAGGAACCACCUCCCAGAAGUGGGAGCCAUUGCAGGUCCAGGGCUUGUUCAAACCUGCACAUCCUCUCCAAGUGAUGAGACCCGGAGCCCUUGCAAGGACCCUUCAGCCUUGUCUCCCGCACCACUGCUUGAAGCCCCUGCUAGGCCUGCACCUCGGAAGCUGUACACUUGUGAGCAGUGUGGCCUCAGCUUCGACUGGAAGUCUGUUUUCGUCAUCCACCAUCGCGCGCACCUGGGUGGGUCAGGCCUGGCAAGGCCACCACAGGUGCACCGGGAGCCAGCCAUUGGGCACUCCACUGGCCUUCGGGGCUAUGCAUGCGUGGAGUGCGGGCGCAGCUUCAGCUGGAAGUCACAGUUGGUCAUCCACCGCAAGAGUCAUGCAGGCCAGCGGCGCCACUUCUGCCGGGACUGUGGGUGCAGUUUCGACUGGAAGUUUCAGCUGGUCAUUCAUAGGAAGAUCCACCAGCCAGAGAGUCCUCGAACAGCUGGAGAAGGCUGUCUCACCUUGGGAGCCCCCAGCUCCUAAUGCGGCACUCCAGGCAUCCCUUCCAGCCAAGAGGAGGGCUCUGGGGCACCCCCAAGUGAGUCAGGAACCCCAAGAAGAUCCCCUGUCCAACGCCAGACCACCCAGGAUAAGAAGAGACUGUUCACUUUCGGCCCCUGCUUUAUGGAGCCAGGUCUGACGGUACUAAUCCACGGCUGGGGUCCUGGGGUCUGUCUUCGGCAAGGAAAGAGAGCUCCCUGCUUCGUAAUUCUCAGAAAUUGCCUUAGGUUCCUCCUUGCAGACCAGGAAAGAAGUCUCCAUGGAAGGUACAGGAAACCACAGCUGCCUUUUCAUCCUCUUGCAUGUGACCCUCAACUAACGUGCCAGGUUUUUAAUGUAAGUUAUGUCUAUAACUAGAAUUUCUGAGGAAGAAUUCUAACUUCUGGCUUCCACUGAUCAAAAGAACAGCCUUGUGUCUGGCUGACGAGUCACGGGAACCGCAGGGCAGCUGAGCCCAGACACUUCAAUUAGCCACUUCGCUCCAGGCUGCCUAGUUGCCUGACCACACAGACUGCUUGCCACCUCCCUGGUCUUUGAGUUCCUGAACCUGGACUUGGAUGAACAAUAAGGGACUUUCCUUUGGGAGUGUGAGAGGACGUGAGUAGCUUCUGAGCAGUUAGACAACACAUGGUUGCCUCAGGUCAUGCAUGCCUCUAGGUCAGGCCUACACCCCACACAACGGGUCAGUUCAUCAUUAAACUGGAGGGCAAAGAGCAGCUCUCUCUGCUGCCCAGGGAACUGUGACCCUCCGGACAGUCACUCAUGAUUUGUCCAUGCAUGGUGUCCUAUUAACUAUUUCUGUAAACUAGAUGGCUUGAAACAUUUAUUUACUAAUUUUUCAUCAUCAAAACUCUGAAAUAGAUCUCACUAGAUCAAAGGUGUUAGUAGGGUGGAAGGCUCCCCCUAGGAGGUGCAGAGGUCACCCGAGGCCCUUGACUUAUGGUUUCUUCUUCCAUCUUCAGCAGUGAGCAGUUCUUUUCCUCUGUGGAUCAUUAAUUUCCACUUGCAGGACAUGGGGGGCCUUAUAUAUUCCAGGGUGAUCACCAUCUUUAGGUCAGACGGUGAAGCAGGAGAUUUUAUUUUGUUUGAGACAGGGCCACCUUGUGUAGUAGAGGCUGAUCUCUUAACUGGUGAUCCUUCUGUCUCAGCUUCCUGGAUACUGGAACUAUAGGCUUGUACCACCAAACCCAGGUUGGUACUUUUAAAUUCUCUGUAUGUGUGUUUAAGAUAGUCUCACUAUAAAGUCCAGGCUGAGCGCAAACUCCCUGUAGCUCUCCAGCAUCCGUCUCCUGCGUGCUGGGAUUAAAGGUGUGCACCAUCAGCUGGGCGAAGACUUUAAAGACUUUUCAUUUUCAAAUUUAGAAAUAUGGAGCAGGAUUCUGUGUUGUAGGCAGAUCUCUGUUAAUCUGAGGUCAGACUGGUUUCCAUAGUGUGUUCCAGGACAGACAGGAGCUAUGUAGUGAGAUUCUGUUUCAAAAAUAAGUAAAUAAAUAAAUAAAUAAAUUCUAGAGAUGGACAUAUUAAAGUUUCUUCUAGAAACUUG